AAUUACUCCAAGGUUGACCUCAUAGAUUGAAAGGUCUUUGUCCUCCAGAUCGUUUUUAAAUCCUACAGUCCCAGUGAAGUGACUGUCAAGCCUGGCUUGCAUCGACAUCGUCAUCAUGACAAAAUUGGGAGAGAUGUUUAUUUCCAAUGCUACAGACCAUACUUUACUCAAUACCUUUGGCAUUGUGGUCUCAAUGUAUGCCCUCUAUAUCGAGGUGAAGAAGGCCAAGGAUAAAAACUAUGUUGCCAUAUGUGAUAUUAGCGACAGGAUGAGCUGUUCUAAGGUGCUCACUUCAAAGUAUGGGAAAGGUUUUGGAAUUGUUGGACUUCUUGUUGGAAAUGACCAUUUCCUGAACAUGCCAAACUGCAUCCUUGGCAUCAUAUUCUAUAUUUUACAGCUGACACUUGGUUAUAUCGUGGCCCCAUGGAGUAAUACAGCGCUCUUUUACUUGUCGGUGGCAUCUUGUAUUGGCUCGCUCUACCUGGCUUGUAUCCUCUUCUUCGUCCUGAAAGACAUCUGUCUCAUCUGUAUCACCACCUACUUUAUCAACGGAGGACUGCUUUAUCUGAACUAUGAACGGUUUAUGAAGUUGGAUCAGAUGGAUCAAAUGGACUUCAUGUAGGACAAUGAAUUGUAGGCGUGUUGACAUGCGUUAUCACAGAUGAUGGCGAUGCCAUGAUAAGUACAUGUAAUAAGCCAUGAUUAUUCUUCAGGUCAACAUAUCAACAGAUAUACUGAUAGUCCAAGACUGGCCAACACCGCUGUUGUGAUUUCGGCGUACCAGUGUGGAAGAAAAUUCUCUACCAGUGGAGAUUAAAUAAGUGUCCUGUCUCAAGGCAUGGGUCUCCAUUGCCAUGACCCUUAAUGUUAGACAGUAGGGUAGAACAUCACCCUCCACACAGAAACAUCAAGCUGUAAAGUAUUGCAGAAUUGGCUGUUACAUUCUCUACUCUUCCUUUCUCAGAAUUAGUGAAAAACAAAAAUUCAUCAAUUUUCAUCAAUUUAUUUCUCUUGACAAAUUGAGUGAGUUGAACUUUUAUCUGUUGAAAGAAGUUCUAUACAAAUUAUAAGGAGCUUGUUGUUUAAUGAAUAUAUCAAACAUAGACUUGAUGAAAAAAGUAUAGUUGUGGAUUUCUUUUUCAGCUCAGUAAAUUGCAAGGAUUGUUUCUACUAAGUUCCCACCCAUGCAACUUACAUGUACAUAUCAAUGUAGAUGGAUGUGUUGAUGUAUAAGAGAACUCGCAGUGUCACUGAGCUGUAGACUAAUGGUCUCACUUUGAUUGUGGACUGGACUUCAUGAAAACUAAUUGCAUGAUGCGUAAAGAUGAUGACGAUAAUGACCUAAUCUUACAAAUAUUGAACAUGAGGACCAUUAAAGGCUGUGAUUCUCUGUAA